AUGGUUGCACUUUCGCUGAAGAUCAGCAUUGGGAAUGUGGUGAAGACGAUGCAAUUCGAGCCGUCUACCAUGGUGUAUGACGCCUGUCGGAUCAUCCGCGAGCGGAUCCCAGAGGCCCUGUCUGGCCCUCCCAGCGACUUUGGGCUGUUUCUGUCAGAUGAUGACCCCAAAAAGGGCAUAUGGCUGGAGGCCGGGAAAGCUUUGGAUUACUACAUGCUGCGAAAUGGGGACACCAUGGAAUACAGGAAGAAGCAGAGGCCACUGAAGGUCCGCAUGCUGGACGGCACCGUGAAGACCGUCAUGGUGGACGACUCGAAGGCCGUCACCGACAUGCUCAUGACCAUCUGCGCCCGCAUCGGCAUCACCAACCACGACGAGUAUUCGCUGGUCCGAGAGGGCAUGGAAGAGAAGAAGGAGGAGGUGACGGGGACCUUACGGAAGGACAAGACCCUGCUGCGAGAUGAGAAGAAGAUGGAGAAGCUGAAGCAGAAGUUGCACACGGAUGACGAGCUGAACUGGCUGGACCACGGCCGGACCCUGAGGGAGCAGGGGGUGGAGGAGCACGAGACGCUUCUGCUCCGGAGGAAGUUCUUCUACUCAGACCAGAACGUGGACUCCCGCGACCCCGUCCAGCUGAACCUUCUCUACGUGCAGGCACGAGACGACAUCCUGAACGGCUCCCACCCCGUCUCCUUCGACAAGGCCUGUGAGUUCGCUGGCUUCCAGUGCCAGAUCCAGUUCGGGCCCCACAAUGAGCAGAAGCACAAGGCCGGCUUCCUCGACCUGAAGGACUUCCUGCCCAAGGAGUACGUGAAGCAGAAGGGGGAGCGUAAGAUCUUCCAGGCACACAAGAACUGUGGACAGAUGAGCGAGAUUGAGGCCAAGGUACGGUAUGUGAAGCUGGCCCGUUCCCUCAAGACAUACGGCGUCUCCUUCUUCCUGGUCAAGGAAAAGAUGAAAGGAAAGAACAAGUUGGUGCCCAGGCUUCUGGGCAUCACCAAGGAGUGUGUGAUGCGGGUGGAUGAGAAGACCAAGGAGGUGAUCCAGGAAUGGAACCUCACCAACAUCAAACGCUGGGCUGCGUCUCCCAAGAGCUUCACCCUGGAUUUCGGGGACUACCAAGAUGGCUACUACUCGGUGCAGACGACCGAGGGGGAGCAGAUCGCUCAGCUCAUCGCUGGCUACAUUGACAUCAUCCUGAAGAAGAAAAAAAGCAAGGAUCACUUUGGGCUUGAGGGAGACGAGGAGUCUACUAUGCUGGAGGACUCGGUGUCCCCCAAAAAGUCCACCGUGCUUCAGCAGCAGUACAACCGGGUGGGGAAGGUGGAGCAUGGCUCUGUGGCCCUGCCCGCCAUCAUGCGCUCCGGAGCCUCGGGUCCCGAAAAUUUCCAGGUGGGCAGCAUGCCACCUGCCCAGCAGCAGAUUACCAGUGGCCAGAUGCACCGGGGACACAUGCCUCCUUUGACAUCAGCCCAGCAGGCACUCACUGGGACCAUCAACUCCAGCAUGCAGGCCGUGCAGGCUGCCCAGGCCACCCUGGAUGACUUCGACACUCUGCCCCCUCUGGGCCAGGACGCUGCCUCAAAGGCCUGGCGUAAGAACAAGAUGGAUGAAUCCAAGCAUGAAAUCCACUCCCAGGUAGACGCCAUCACCGCUGGUACUGCCUCUGUGGUGAACCUGACCGCAGGGGACCCUGCUGAGACAGACUACACGGCAGUGGGCUGUGCGGUCACCACCAUCUCCUCCAACCUGACGGAGAUGUCCCGUGGCGUGAAGCUGCUUGCCGCCCUGCUGGAGGAUGAGGGUGGCAGCGGCCGGCCCCUGCUGCAGGCGGCCAAGGGCCUGGCGGGGGCGGUGUCAGAGCUGCUACGCAGUGCCCAGCCGGCCAGUGCCGAGCCCCGUCAGAACCUGCUGCAAGCAGCUGGGAACGUGGGCCAGGCCAGUGGGGAGCUGUUGCAACAAAUUGGGGAAAGUGAUACUGAUCCCCACUUCCAGGACGUGCUCAUGCAGCUGGCCAAGGCCGUGGCAAGCGCCGCAGCUGCCCUGGUCCUCAAGGCCAAGAGUGUGGCCCAGCGAACGGAGGACUCAGGGCUUCAGACCCAGGUCAUUGCCGCGGCGACACAGUGUGCCCUGUCCACCUCCCAACUGGUGGCCUGUACCAAGGUGGUGGCUCCAACUAUCAGCUCCCCAGUCUGCCAAGAGCAGCUGGUGGAGGCCGGGCGACUAGUGGCCAAGGCUGUGGAGGGCUGUGUGUCCGCCUCCCAGGCCGCCACAGAGGAUGCACAGCUGCUGCGGGGGGUAGGUGCGGCGGCCACAGCUGUCACCCAGGCCCUGAACGAGCUGCUGCAGCACGUGAGGGCCCAUGCCACAGGGGCUGGGCCUGCUGGCCGCUACGACCAGGCCACUGACACCAUCCUCACUGUCACCGAGAACAUCUUCAGCUCCAUGGGUGACGCUGGUGAGAUGGUACGACAGGCCCGCAUCCUUGCCCAAGCCACCUCUGACCUGGUGAAUGCCAUCAAGGCUGAUGCCGAGGGGGAGAGUGAUCUGGAGAAUUCCCGCAAGCUGUUAAGUGCCGCCAAGAUCCUGGCUGAUGCCACAGCCAAGAUGGUGGAGGCUGCCAAGGGAGCAGCCGCCAAUCCAGACAGUGAGGAGCAGCAGCAGCGGCUGCGGGAGGCAGCGGAGGGUCUCCGCAUGGCAACCAACGCCGCUGCACAGAACGCCAUCAAGAAGAAGCUGGUGCAGCGCCUUGAGCACGCGGCCAAGCAGGCUGCAGCCUCGGCCACACAGACCAUCGCCGCAGCCCAGCAUGCAACCUCCACCCCCAAGGCCUCUGCCGGCCCCCAGCCCCUGCUGGUGCAGAGCUGCAAGGCUGUGGCAGAGCAGAUUCCACUGCUGGUGCAGGGCGUCCGCGGGAGCCAGGCGCAGCCUGACAGCCCCAGUGCUCAGCUAGCCCUCAUCGCCGCCAGCCAAAGCUUCCUGCAGCCAGGCGGGAAGAUGGUGGCAGCCGCGAAGGCCUCCGUGCCAACGAUUCAGGACCAGGCGUCGGCCAUGCAGCUGAGUCAGUGUGCCAAAAACCUUGGCACCGCGUUGGCUGAGCUCCGUACUGCUGCCCAGAAGGCUCAGGAAGCAUGUGGGCCUUUGGAAAUGGAUUCUGCUCUGAGUGUGGUGCAGAAUCUGGAGAGAGAUCUGCAGGAAGUGAAGGCAGCUGCUCGAGACGGCAAGCUGAAGCCCUUGCCUGGGGAGACGAUGGAGAAAUGUGCCCAGGACCUGGGCAACAGCACCAAAGCUGUGAGCUCCGCCAUCGCCCAGCUGCUGGGGGAGGUCGCCCAGGGCAAUGAGAAUUACGCAGGCAUUGCAGCUCGGGAUGUGGCAGGUGGGCUGCGGUCACUGGCCCAAGCUGCUAGAGGGGUAGCUGCCCUGACAUCAGAUCCUGCGGUGCAGGCCAUUGUGCUCGACACAGCCAGCGAUGUCCUGGACAAGGCCAGCAGCCUCAUUGAGGAGGCGAAGAAAGCAGCCGGCCAUCCAGGGGACCCUGAGAGCCAGCAGCGGCUUGCCCAGGUGGCUAAAGCUGUGACCCAGGCGCUGAACCGCUGCGUCAGCUGCCUGCCUGGCCAGCGAGAUGUGGACAAUGCCCUGAGGGCAGUGGGGGAUGCCAGCAAGCGGCUCCUGAGCGACUCGCUGCCCCCCAGCACUGGGACCUUUCAGGAGGCUCAGAGCCGGCUGAAUGAAGCCGCUGCCGGGCUGAAUCAGGCAGCCACAGAGCUGGUGCAGGCCUCUCGGGGAACCCCUCAGGACCUGGCCCGAGCCUCAGGUCGAUUUGGACAGGACUUCAGCACCUUCCUGGAAGCCGGCGUGGAGAUGGCAGGCCAGGCUCCGAGCCAGGAGGAUCGUGCCCAGGUCGUGUCCAACUUGAAGGGUAUCUCCAUGUCUUCAAGCAAACUUCUUCUCGCUGCCAAGGCCCUGUCCACAGACCCUGCAGCCCCAACCCUCAAGAGUCAGCUGGCUGCAGCUGCCCGGGCAGUGACCGACAGCAUCAACCAGCUCAUCACCAUGUGCACCCAGCAGGCGCCAGGCCAGAAAGAGUGUGACAAUGCCCUGCGGGAAUUGGAGACGGUCCGGGAACUCCUAGAGAACCCAGUCCAACCCAUCAAUGACAUGUCCUACUUUGGCUGUCUGGACAGCGUCAUGGAAAACUCAAAGGUGCUGGGUGAGGCCAUGACCGGCAUCUCCCAAAAUGCCAAGAACGGAAACCUGCCGGAGUUUGGGGAGGCUGUCGCCACAGCCUCCAAGGCCCUCUGCGGCUUCACUGAGGCAGCUGCGCAGGCUGCAUAUCUGGUUGGUGUGUCUGACCCCAAUAGCCAAGCUGGACAACAGGGGCUGGUGGAGCCCACACAGUUUGCCCGAGCAAACCAGGCGAUUCAGAUGGCCUGUCAGAGUCUGGGGGAGCCUGGCUGUACCCAGGCCCAGGUGCUCUCCGCAGCCACCAUUGUGGCCAAACACACGUCUGCACUGUGUAACAGCUGCCGCCUAGCUUCUGCCCGAACCGCCAACCCCACCGCCAAGCGCCAGUUUGUACAGUCAGCCAAGGAGGUGGCCAACAGCACGGCCAAUCUUGUCAAGACCAUCAAGGCGCUGGACGGGGCCUUCACGGAGGAGAACCGCGCCCAGUGCCGAGCGGCCACAGCCCCUUUGCUGGAGGCCGUGGACAAUCUGAGUGCCUUUGCAUCCAACCCUGAGUUUUCCAGUGUUCCUGCCCAGAUCAGCCCUGAGGGCCGGGCUGCCAUGGAGCCCAUUGUGAUCUCUGCCAAGACAAUGUUGGAGAGUGCGGGGGGCCUCAUUCAGACGGCCCGAGCCCUGGCCGUCAAUCCGCGGGACCCACCACGCUGGUCCGUGCUGGCUGGCCACUCCCGUACUGUCUCGGACUCCAUCAAGAAGCUGAUUACAAGCAUGAGGGACAAGGCCCCAGGGCAGUUGGAGUGCGAGACGGCCAUCGCAGCCCUGAACAGCUGUCUGCGGGACCUUGACCAGGCUUCUCUCGCUGCGGUCAGCCAGCAGCUCGCUCCCCGCGAGGGGAUCUCUCAGGAGGCCUUGCACACCCAGAUGCUCACUGCGGUGCAGGAAAUCUCCCAUCUGAUUGAGCCGCUGGCCAGCGCUGCCCGGGCUGAAGCCUCCCAGCUGGGUCACAAGGUGUCCCAGAUGGCCCAGUACUUUGAGCCGCUCACUCUGGCCGCCGUGGGUGCUGCCUCCAAAACCCUGAGCCACCCACAGCAGAUGGCGCUCCUGGACCAGACCAAAACCUUGGCCGAGUCUGCCCUGCAGCUGCUGUACACAGCCAAGGAAGCCGGCGGUAACCCCAAGCAAGCAGCUCACACCCAGGAAGCCCUGGAGGAGGCUGUGCAGAUGAUGACAGAGGCCGUGGAGGACCUGACAACCACCCUCAACGAGGCGGCCAGUGCUGCCGGGGUCGUCGGGGGCAUGGUGGACUCCAUCACCCAGGCCAUCAACCAGCUAGAUGAAGGACCAAUGGGUGAACCAGAGGGUUCCUUCGUGGAUUACCAGACCACCAUGGUGCGGACAGCCAAGGCCAUUGCUGUCACUGUCCAGGAGAUGGUAACCAAGUCAAACACGAGCCCUGAGGAGCUGGGCCCUCUCGCUAACCAGCUGACCAGUGACUAUGGCCGUCUGGCCUCCCAGGCCAAGCCUGCAGCUGUGGCUGCUGAAAAUGAAGAGAUCGGCGCCCACAUCAAGCACCGGGUUCAGGAGCUGGGGCACGGCUGCGCCGCCCUGGUCACCAAGGCAGGCGCCCUGCAGUGCAGCCCCAGUGACGCCUACACCAAGAAGGAGCUCAUAGAGUGUGCCCGGAGAGUCUCUGAGAAGGUCUCCCAUGUGCUGGCUGCGCUCCAGGCUGGGAAUCGUGGCACCCAGGCCUGCAUCACAGCCGCCAGCGCUGUGUCCGGCAUCAUCGCCGACCUGGACACCACCAUCAUGUUCGCCACUGCCGGCACACUCAACCGUGAGGGUGCCGAAACCUUCGCUGACCACCGGGAGGGCAUCCUGAAGACCGCCAAGGUGCUGGUGGAAGACACCAAGGUCCUGGUGCAGAACGCAGCUGGGAGCCAGGAGAAGUUGGCACAGGCAGCCCAGUCCUCCGUGGCCACCAUCACCCGCCUCGCUGAUGUGGUCAAGCUGGGUGCAGCCAGCCUGGGAGCUGAGGACCCAGAGACCCAGGUGGUGCUGAUCAAUGCCGUGAAAGAUGUGGCCAAGGCGCUGGGAGACCUCAUCAGUGCCACCAAGGCCGCGGCUGGCAAGGUCGGCGACGACCCUGCCGUGUGGCAGCUCAAGAGCUCUGCCAAGGUGAUGGUGACCAACGUGACGUCCCUGCUCAAGACCGUGAAAGCUGUGGAGGACGAGGCCACCAAGGGCACCCGCGCCCUGGAGGCCACCACGGAGCACAUCCGGCAGGAGCUGGCGGUCUUCUGCUCCCCAGAGCCACCUGCCAAGACCUCUACUCCUGAAGAUUUCAUCCGCAUGACCAAGGGUAUCACCAUGGCAACCGCCAAGGCCGUUGCCGCUGGGAACUCCUGUCGCCAGGAGGAUGUCAUUGCUACAGCCAAUCUGAGUCGCCGUGCUAUUGCAGAUAUGCUCCGGGCUUGCAAGGAAGCCGCCUACCACCCGGAAGUGGCUCCAGACGUGCGGCUCCGAGCCCUGCACUUUGGCCGGGAAUGUGCCAACGGCUACCUGGAGCUGCUGGACCAUGUGCUGCUGACGCUGCAGAAGCCAAGCCCGGAGCUGAAGCAGCAGUUGGCGGGGCACUCCAAGCGCGUGGCUGGAUCAGUCACUGAGCUCAUCCAGGCUGCGGAGGCCAUGAAGGGAACAGAAUGGGUGGACCCAGAGGACCCCACAGUUAUUGCUGAGAACGAACUCCUGGGAGCCGCGGCUGCCAUUGAGGCUGCGGCCAAGAAGCUGGAGCAGCUGAAGCCCCGGGCCAAACCCAAGGAGGCAGACGAGUCCUUGAACUUUGAGGAGCAGAUACUGGAAGCUGCCAAGUCCAUCGCAGCAGCCACCAGCGCCCUGGUGAAGGCUGCCUCAGCUGCCCAGAGGGAACUGGUGGCCCAGGGGAAGGUGGGCGCCAUUCCAGCUAACGCACUGGAUGACGGACAGUGGUCCCAGGGCCUCAUCUCUGCUGCCCGGAUGGUGGCCGCGGCCACCAACAACCUGUGUGAGGCAGCCAAUGCAGCUGUCCAAGGCCACGCCAGCCAGGAGAAGCUCAUCUCAUCGGCCAAGCAGGUCGCCGCCUCCACAGCCCAGCUCCUCGUGGCCUGCAAGGUCAAGGCCGACCAGGACUCUGAGGCAAUGAAGCGGCUUCAGGCUGCCGGCAAUGCAGUGAAGCGAGCCUCAGACAACCUGGUGAAGGCAGCCCAGAAGGCAGCAGCCUUCGAAGAACAGGAGAAUGAGACCGUGGUGGUGAAGGAGAAGAUGGUCGGGGGCAUUGCCCAGAUCAUUGCCGCCCAGGAAGAGAUGCUCCGGAAGGAACGGGAGCUGGAGGAGGCACGGAAGAAGCUGGCGCAGAUCCGGCAGCAGCAGUACAAGUUCCUACCUUCAGAGCUGCGAGACGAGCACUAG